GAUGGCUACAGGCUGGGGGGCUUCAGGCUGGCUGUUGAUGGAGUCAACGGUCUCUGGGGAAGGACCACACUCAAGGAGGAGGAAAAGAGCCCUGUACUAAUACAUUCAUUCACCUCACUGUGGAUCUAUAAAAAAUGGUUGACUGUGGAGGGGCAGUCAUCAUACGCUGUCUCAGACAGGAUCUCUCUACGCUCAAGCUCUGCCUACCUGCCCCAGGAGCUGCUGGGAGAGGAGGGCUUUGACAGCAUGGACCCGUUUGUCCCAGUACCAGUCUCCCUCUACAGUGAGAAGGAGUUUGAGAGCUGUUACCUCUACUACCUGGACCGCCACUGGCUACAACACCCACACAGUCAGACAGAGGAAGGGAAGAAAGAACUGAUCUUCCUCAGCAACAGAAACCCUUCUGUACUGGAGAGACUGUGUGACUUCCUGUAACAUCACACAUGGGCCCACACACCCAUAGAGAUAGGACUCAUCUUUAUCUGUGACAGCAUGGGCAGCGCCAUUGAGGCUACAACCCAUAGGAAUCCCCACUCAGUUGACUACUUUGACCACUUUAAAAUGGCGGAAGCCCUCGAUGG